GGAUAGUUUGGUGUGGUGAGGUGUAAAAGUGGAGGCAUCUUUGCGGAGGCUCUUACCCGGACAUGCGGUGUGGUAGUCAUGGCAGCAGUCCACGGUGCCCACGCAGGCUUGGUCACAAUAGCAGGUACCAAAGGAGCGAUCUGACCUCCAUCCCUUGCUGACACACGACGCGUUCCGGCCAGCGCAACACGUGUGCGCCGCGUCCCGGCAGUCCGACACGACCGAGCAGACAAGGAGUGAAACCAGCGUGGCGCCGAGGAACGUGAAAUGAUGCUGCUGGACAUGAUCUACUUCAUCCUGCGCAACGGCGUACGGGCCGUCCUGCGUCCGCGCAUCAAGUCUAUCGACGGCGAGCUGGUGCUGAUCACCGGAUCCGGCGGCGGCCUGGGUAGCCUCUUCGCCCAGGAGUUCAGCAAGCAAGGUGCCGAGGUGGUGCUGUGGGACAUCGACGCCGCUUCCAACGAGCGCACGGCCAAGCUGGUGCGCGACACGGGGGGCAAGGCGCACGCCUACACGGUGGACGUGACCAAAAGGGAGGACGUGUAUCGCAAUGCAAACUUGGUGAGGAAGGACGUGGGGCGAGACGUCACCAUGCUGGUGAACAACGCUGGAGUGGUGGCUGGCGAACGCAUGCUGGACUGUCCCGAUGAGCUCAUCGAGACCACCAUGAGGGUCAACUGUCACGCUCUCUUUUGGACAGUGAAGGCCUUCCUGCCCCAGAUGAAGGCCCAGAAUCACGGCCACAUUGUGACCAUCGCCAGCGUGCUCGGCCUCUUCAGCACAGCUUGUGUCGAGGACUACUGCGCCAGUAAGUUUGCCGCCGUGGGGUUCCACGAGUCUCUGGCUCACGAGCUGCUGGCUGAGGAGGUGGAGGGCGUGAAGACGACGCUGGUGUGUCCUUACAUCGUCAACACGGGCAUGUUUGAAGGCUGCAAGAUAAGGGAGGAGGUGGAGCUCAUUUUGCCCCCGCUGGAGCCUCAGUACUGCGUGGAGCAGGCAAUGAACGCCAUCCUGAUCGACCAACCACUCGUGUGCAUACCUCGCCUCACCUACCUGCCCUUCCUCUGCAGAGCGUUGUUGCCGUGGGAAUCCAACGUGGUUACGUAUCGUUUCAUGGGGUCGGACAAGUGCAUGUAUCCCUUCAUUGAAGCAAAGAAGAAACACAUGCCAAACGGUGUCACGUCUGCCGCAUAAGUCGACCUGCCUCAACAAAAUAGAUGACAUUUCAUUCAAAAAGUCUUCCUGUCAUGUGAGAUUACUGUGGACGCGCUAAAUAAAGCCUGGGAUAUAUAACACAGUAGCGACAGAACCAAUGUUGUAAGGCGCAAGCUGCUUGGUCAGCAUUAAUAGCGCAGCCGACACGUCCAAGCGCAUGCAGAGGUAGAUAAAGCUGCUGGAUGCUGACCACUCGUGAUACUCGUGAUGUGCGACACCGCUGAUUUCCGAUCCGAUAUCGAGUAAAAUUCAGGCUGGUAUCAGUGACACAGACCCGAUACCUCCGGUAACACUUUACAAUAAGGUACAAAAAUUACAGUAGUUAUGAGGAACGAACGUCCCCAACCCAAGCCACUACUCUUUAGUUCCUCAGUAAGUACUCUAAAUUUAUGUGCCUUAGUAACUACUGUAUUUUUGUGCACCUUAUCGUAAAGUGUGACCAAACUUUCUUCUUAAAUAAUCUUCAUAAAUGUUAUUCUCAUAUUAUGACUUUUUAUUCCCCUAUCAUUUUUGCCUUUUUCCAAAAAUGUACUUUUUUCCACUCAUAUUAAGACUAUUAAAUAACAUUUGUAUGCUGCUAAAAUGGUUAUUUUUACUUCAAAUGAGUUUAUUCUCAUAAAACUGCAACUUUUUCCUCAAAUUUUCCAAAUAUUUCACCUUUGUUCUUGUGAAUUUUCUCGUAAUUUAUUCCCAUAUUUUGACUUUAUUGUCAUAGCCUUAGAACUUUUUCCACAAACUAAUUUUCUAAUACUACUUUAUUUUGUUUUCCAUAUUUACAUUUUUUUUAAUCUUUCAACUGCAUGCAGAAAUCAGUUUGAAAAAAGAUAAGGUGCAUCUCUAAUCAAUAGUAAAAUUCUGGUAGCUGAAACGGCCAUUUGUAGUCCUGUGUGCCCAACAGAGUACUGAAAGGUACUGAACGAAACGUGUUCCUAAAUACAAGACUUUUUAACCUCAGUUGCUUCAAAUAUGGACAUUUUGACAUAGAUUGAUGAAAAUGACAAAAAGACGAGAUACCACCGGUUUAUUUUGUGCAUAACAGCACGCCGGUUUAAUUACCAUGAAGAUCAGUAAGAGACGAGAGGCCGACAUAAAGGAGGCAAAGGGCGCAUCAGGUGACCGCCCACCCCCCCGUCCCAGCCACGCACAGUGGGAGACAACAUCACGUUACGACACACGCCACAUUGAAAGUAACACACUCCUCCCAGCCCUACAUGCUGAUGUCGGUAACACGCCACUUGUGGUUGUUAAAUGAAAGCACCGCAGGGGGAAAAAAAAACAACAACAAAGAAAAAGUGAAACAGAAGUUGACCAGCUGCAUCCUAGACAGCAAUGAGGUCUAAAACCGAGACUUGGUUUAUUAAGGAACCACCUCAUGGGUGAAAACACAUAAAAUACUUUAAAACAAGACGACUCAGAGAGCAAACGUAAUUCACAGUUUAUCGCUUCACUUCCCCCUCCCUCCCUGCCAAGUAAAGGCCUCAAACUCUGGCUAGGAUGCAGCUACUCUCUCCACAAAAGAAUCAGGCGUACAAUUAAACAACAUCAAGGAGAGGAAAGCAUCAAUCUUGUUUAACUGUCAACACUGUGCAACAAUGAACAUGAGUGACGGCAGCACGCAUGCGGCGGCCAUUUAAACAGCAACUAAGGACACAGUGUCUUCAAUUUCUCUUUAGUGCUUUUUCCAGUCGAGCCAAGCCGACGGUCUACACGGGUCUGUCCGGGGGCGGGGCCAGUGUGCUUGAGUUAGCCUGUUUGAGGUGCAGGUCGCCCUCCAUCGCCUGCUUGACACUCCUGUUGAAAGUGAGUCUGGUUAAUGAUAAUGUUCAUGUUCUCUGAUGUAAUGCCUUAAAUCAAACCUCCUCAGCUCAAGACUCACUAAAUAUUUACAACAUUUCACUCUGAGAGUCAAGGAAAACUGCCCAGCGGCCCAUUUUAGGUCCUGAGCCUCAGUUUGGAUAACCCUGCUAUGAAUACCGUAUACAGUAUUGACCCAAAUAUAAGAGCACCAUCUCCGUUUUGUUUGCCAGCAAUCUCUGAGACACUUUGUGGUGUCACAGCUUCGUCCCUCUCGGUCACUGCGUGAGUGGCAGGAAGAAAAGCUCUGACUCGUUUAGCGCCACCUGAUGUUUCGCAUACAACGUGAAAGUGCUGACUGCAAACCUGACAAGGGAGUCAAAUUUUAAGUUGAGGUGCACUUCAAAACUGGCCUACACGUAAAAAGAUAACUGGUAACUUCAUGGAAAAUAAAACCUAGCACUCACAGAGCAUUCAUGUCAGUGAUAACCAUGACGAUUGGACACCACGUGAUUUUUGCAAAUCGACACAUAACAGUCAUCCCUCGUUUAUUGCAGUUAAUUGGUUCCAGACCCUGACGCGAUUCAUGAAUUUCAAUAAUAUAGGAAUCAAUGUUAAUACAUGGAAUAUUUUUGCAGUUAGAGCAUAGAAAACCUGUUUGACUUUCUAAAUAUGUUUUUAACAUUAUAAUAAACACCCCUGUGGUCACCAUUGCACUUCUAUUAUUGUGAUGCUACAGGGACUCUAGGCAGCUGAUAGCUAGCAAGCUGACCAGUUAGCCUCAAGUUUAUUUCUUCUAAAUUUAAGAAAGUGUUUCAAAUGGAGUGGGGAAUAAGGACAAAGUACGAAGCCACAAACUUACCACUUUCAUACGUAAUUUUCCCUCUGUAUGCAUGGCAGGCUACAUGGAGUGCAAGGUAGGGUCAUGCAAUAAGGAUGGAUGUCUCAUCCAUAUAACAUUACUGCUGCCGAGUGGUCAGAAUACUACAUAUCA